AUGUUCCCUUGUCAUGUUGCUGCAAAUUCCAAUGGAUGUUGUUUGGAGUGCCCCUAUAUCCGUAUAGUUUUAGUUGGUGGUGAUUCAAAAUGGUACAUUUUAACUAAUGCCACAAUAACAAAGUACUCUUUAACAAAGGAUGGUAAAUGCCAUUGCAUUCAGCUCCAAACUAACCAGAAACCCAGUUGGAUGCAAAAGUCACAAAUCCCUGCCAGUGGCUUGUACGAUGGGAAUGUGCUAGCACUGGCAAGGAAAUUGCAACAGCAUAUAAAGUUCUUUAUACUAAAUUUCUAA